UCAAGAUCGUAGUUUCAUUUUAAUCACUUCUGGGAGUGGAAAGGUUUAAGUUAUCGAUUCGGCUAGUCCCUCUGCCCGUCCGCUAUUAUUCAGCAACCGUCUGACUUAUCAGUCCCUGUAUUCUUGGAGCGAGUCAUCACCAAAGCCUCCGGAUACACCUCGAGACAUUUCUCAACAGUUCACGAUGAUGAGUGACUUUUGGCUGGGAGAAGCAACAAAGUGGAUGUUGCUAUUGACUCUUGCUGGCAAUUUAUGGAAUCCUCCGUUUGUCAGCAGCGAAACGUGCAAUUCUAAAAUCAGAAUAAGACCCGUUGUCGACAUCUCUUCAAGUCCAGAAAAUGUCAGUUUAGCCGUUGGUGCCUCCAUAACUCUGACUUGUAAAGCAGAGCCGAGAGCUAUAGAUACAGGUUAUUUGGAUAGAUGGGUCAAGUAUAUUCAGUGGUACAACCCAAAUGGCACAGAAGUUGGAGCAAAAUGCCAGCAGCCUUCAAACAUAUUUGCAUAUAAACGAAAAUUCAGCUGUCCAUUGGUGUUUAAAAAUCUGACAGAAGACGAAUUUGGCCACUAUAUUUGCCAAGCGGGCAAUCGUUAUAAUAAACACUGCACAAGGCAAUCAUUUGCAAUAGGUUCUGCACCAGUUUUUUUGGAGGUUCCAAGGAAUCAAAGUGUUUACAUAGAUUCCAAUGUCACUUUCGAUUGCAAUGCUACUGGUCUUCCAAAGCCAAGCAUCUCCUGGAUCAAGAACGAUGAUUUUCAUACCUUGCAAUCCAACUCAAGUACAAAGGAUAAGAAAAGCAUCCACAGUGAGCUCUCCAUAACGAAAGUGAAGAAGGAAGAUUUUGGCGGAUAUAAAUGCGUGGCAAUUAACAGCGUUGGAAAAAAGGUAUCAUUAUCGGCCUUCUUAAGCCUGAAAGAAAAGCGGGAAGACCCAAAAACCCAAAGUAAUUCAGUUGAUUCCAACGGAAUUUUCAGCCUCACUGCCACUUGUCAUUUUAAGCCAAACAAGAGCAAUGAUUCAAAUGUUUCAAAAACUAAUUCAAUGGUAAAGUUCAUUGCAACUUCAGAUGCCACAAAAUGCCAUAGCAUACUAAGCAUAAAGCUUAUCAACGAGAGCACGAACGAAGAUGGAGGCACAUAUCAAUGCCGAACAUCUGGAAAGGGAAAGUCAAAAUUGGCCUCUUUACACGCAAAGGAAGGCAAGUUCUUGAAAUUAUAGGAACAGUUUGAAUAUUCCUUUCGAAAAAUAUUUAUUGAUCUCGCUAAAAUUUAAAUACAGGGCGUGUAAUAAAA